AUGAAAGCUUCCACAAUCGUUCUCAGCGCCGUCAUGGCUCUCUGUGUCAACCCAGCUCUAGCUCGUGUGCCUGGAAGGCCUUCUACUUCCGUUUCUCCCUCCCAUAAGACCGGCCAUUCAGCCUUCUGGGACACCGUCUUCAUGUUCUUGCAUCCCAUCAGGCACACCAUCGGUGACUCCGUCCACGACUCCAUGCCCGUCGAGAUUCCCCAAGCCCACAGGAGCUUUUCCUUGGCGCUCCUCCACGUUCAGCCAUCAUCCGAGCGCGAGCUGCACACCGAGUGGAAGGCCUCCGCAUGGAAGACCUCACGGUGA